GUAUGGGCUGGGAAAUGUUUUAAUCAAAAAGAGAUAAAUGGAGAGAACUGCCAAAAAUGCCUCCUUAGGUAAAUGUUAUUUGAAACUAUUUGAUCAAACAAAACUGCUAUAAAACAAAACCCUCUAAGGACAUUUUCAUCUGUAGACUCACAUUCUUCUUAAAGACUGAACACUGAAGACUGCAAUGGAAAAUAAGGUGUUCUGGUUACUGACCAUUUCCCUCAUUGUGGGGCUCAGCAAUGCCUUGCUGCCUCCAGGUGAAUGUGAUGUGCAACCAAAAGCAAGAGAAAACUGUGGGUAUCCAGGCAUCACUGAAAUUGAAUGUAGUGCAAGACAAUGCUGCUUUAAUUCAGAUGCUCCAGAUAGCCCCUGGUGUUUCAAACCAGUUCCAGUAGAAGAAUGUCAACUAUAAAAUGGAUCUUCUCUAGAAACGUGUCUCUCACAGUGGAGUUCUUCAUUAUGACAAUGACAAAGUGCACUCAUCUGUACAAUGUAUGCAAGCUGUAAUGAUGCUGAUUUCCAAGCAGGUCAUUUCUGAUCCCUCUGUUUUCUUUACAAUGACAUAGUUUACCACUGCAGUCUUUUUUCUAUACUUUAAUAUCAUGUACCUGCUUGAAACAAUAAAAGCAG